AUGAAUUCUCUAGUUGUAAUAACUUGUGUAACUAGUAACCUUGGAACUCUGGAAUUAAAGCCUCAUGUCCUUGUGUGUGCUGAUUUUUAUAGUUUAGAAAUCUACAAAAAAACUCAAGGGUUUUGGCGACUCAGAUGGGAUGCCGACAACUUGACGCCUCCAAUUCUAGGAGGAGACAACCUCUGCUCAGCCUACUCCGGUAGAGGUAAAGGAUUACCGGCAGAAUCGACUUGCUUAGAAAGAUCCUUCUUAUGGACUGGUGCUGGGGUUAUAUCAAAGAAAGCCCUUGUCUCUAGGGAGAAAGUAUUUUACUCAAAGGCAGCUGGAGGGAAAAAUAUCUUGCAUAUUUGUUGUUGGAACAGAGCAGCAAUUUUGAAACAACUGUGGGCUUUGGCAAAAGAAAAAGAAUGCUUAUGGAUCAAGUGGGUACACAAUUACUACAGUAAGCAAGAAUCACUUGAAAACUGCCAACCACCCAAGAAUGCUACUUGGGUGGUGAGGAAGAUUAUAGAGGCAAGGCAGUAUGUUUUAAGCUUGGGUUCAUUACAAGGGAAUCUCCUCAGCAGAUUGGAAUUGGUAGUGGUGAGCCAGAAAUACUCCAUCAAGAAGAUGUAUGUAGUCUUGAGGCCACUUCAACCACAAGCACCAUGGAAACAUCUGCUGCUUCAACCACAAAUUCAUCUAAGACACAAGUUUAUUUUAUGGCUUGCAUUGCAAAGAAUAUUGGCUACUAUUGGCAGAUUAUUAAAGUUUGGUGUGCAAGUGCCUCCUUCAUGUAUAUUUUACAAGGGCCCGGAUGAGACCAUGGAUCAUCUAUUCUUCAACUGCCUCAUCACAAAAAAUCUGUGGCAAAGGGUAUUACUAUGGAUUGGAGAACAAAGGCAAAUUGGAAACUAGCAAGAAGAGGUAAGUUGGAUGAACAAUAGGGCAAAGUAGAGAUCAGGAAAAGGGGGAAUUAUCAGCUGCUGUUUUGCUAUUGUCAUUAACAUCAUAUGGAGAGAAAGGAAUUUGAUGAUAUUUCAAAGUAGCUACUAUCAACCUGAGAGAAUAUGCAAGGAAAUAGCAAUCUUUAUUCAUAUCAGAGGCAAUACACUAAGCAAGUGGCAUCCACUUUUGGCACAGUUCAUGCAAUCUCCUUGAAAUUAUUUCUGAUGCAGCCUGCAUGGCCUGGACCUAAAAAAAGCUCCUAUAGUACUUGUCUCAAUGGUAGUAUAGUGGUUGUCUUUGCACUGAUACAGGUUGUUUAAGUCUCAUUAGGGUAUAGGUCUAGUUUUGUUAUUUUGUUUAGCUAUAGGACCUGAGUUUUUGUAGUCUCCAUUUGUAUUUA